CCAGAGCACAUUUCGAGCUGGGGGUUGACUGCAUCUGGGGGGGUGAUUGCUUUUUUCUGCCAGAUUUUUCUAUUUUAUUUUGUAUUUUCUUAUUUAAAAAAAAUACUUUACAGUUGAAUUUCAUUUCCUUGUGAUUUGAUUCCAUAUCAAAGAUUUGCCUUAAGAUCAUGAACAAACUAUAUGUGGGGAAUUUGAGUCCUUUGGUCACUGUCGAAGAUUUGAAGGAGCUCUUUGGCGAGAAGAAGCUUCCUGGGGCCGAGCAGGUUCUGCUCAAAUCCGGCUAUGCUUUUGUGGACUUCCCCGACCAAAACGGGGCCAUAAAAGCUAUUGAGACACUCUCCGGUAAAGUUGAAUUACAUGGGAAGGUGCUUGAGGUAGACUACUCUGUUCCUAAAAAGCUACGGAGUCGCAAGAUCCAGAUCAGGAACAUUCCCCCUCAUCUACAGUGGGAGGUUUUGGACGGCCUUCUAGCUCAGUAUGGUACUGUAGACAACGUGGAACAAGUUACCACGGAUACAGAAACAGCUGUGGUGAAUGCCACAUACUCAACCAAGGAGGAGGCCAAAGUAGCCAUAGAGAAGUUGACGGGUCAGCAGUUUGAGGGCUACUUCUUCAGGGUGUCGUACAUCCUGGAUAUGGAUGCAGCUCCGCCCCUACAGGCCCCACGGAUGCGUCGGGGAUGUCGGUCGUCCAGGGACCAGGACGAGCCCCAGCCAGGGCCCUCGGGGGGCUUCGGAGGGCCCCGACACAAACAGCAUGACUUCCCCCUCCGCAUGCUGGUCCCCACACAGUUCGUAGGAGCCAUCAUCGGCAAGGAGGGCCUAACCAUCAAGAACGUCACUAAACAGACACAGGCCAAGGUGGACAUCCAUCGUAAGGAGAAUGUGGGAGCAGCAGGGAAGCCCAUCACCAUCCACGCCACCCCAGAGGGCUGCUCCUCUGCCUGCCGCAUGGUCCUGGACAUCAUGCAGAAAGAGGCCAGCGGGACCAAGGAGGAGGAGGAGAUUCCUCUGAAGAUCCUGGCCCACAACAGUUUGGUGGGACGACUGAUCGGUAAGGAGGGAAGAAACCUGAAGAAGAUAGAAGAAGAGACAGGGACCAAGAUUACUAUCUCCUCGUUACAGGACAUAACCAUCUGUAACCCAGAGAGGACCAUCACAGUGAAGGGCAGUAUGGAGGCGUGCUGUAAGGCUGAGGGGGCGAUCAUGAGGAAACUGAGGGACGCCUACGAGAACGACAUUGCUGCUGUUAACCAACAAACCAACCUUAUCCCGGGGCUGAACCUGAAUGCUCUGGGAAUCUUCUCCACUGGUCUGUCUGUACUACCGCCAGCAACAGGCCCCCGAGGAGCACACCCCGGACCCUUCCUAUGUCCCUCUUCACAUCUUGGUGGUUUGUAUGGGGUUCUACCAGCCAGUGCCAUACAGUGCCAGCACUCACCGUCUCCAGAGCAGGAGGUGGUGUAUCUCUUAAUCCCAACCCAGGCGGUAGGGGCUCUGAUCGGGAAGAAGGGGCAGCACAUCAAACAGCUAGCACGCUUCGCUGGGGCCUCCAUCAAGAUCGCCCCAGCAGAGAACCCUGGCGUCACUGAGAGGAUGGUCAUGAUCACCGGACCUCCAGCAGCUCAGUUUAAGGCACAGGGCAGGAUAUUUGGGAAGCUGAAAGAGGAGAACUUCUUCACAGCGAAGGACGAAGUGAAGCUAGAGACACAUAUCAAAGUUCCCUCGAAUGCAGCCGGACGCGUCAUCGGCAAGGGAGGCAAAACUGUCAAUGAGCUGCAGAACCUGACCAGUGCGGAGGUCAUCGUGCCACGAGACCAAACGCCAGACGAGAACGAUGAGGUCUUCGUAAAGAUCAGCGGGCAUUUCUUCGCCAGUCAGUCUGCUCAGAGGAAGAUCCGUGAGAUCAUCCAGCAGGUGAAACAGCAGGGACAGAAACACCAGCAGCAGGGAGCUCCCAGCAUGCACCACUCUAAGUGACCAGCAGGUAGAGCGGUGUGGCUCCAUCCCUCUCUCCCUCUCCAGCGGGCUCAAGCCAAUGAAUGUAGCCCUCCCACCUGGACGGACGACCAGACCAGCCAAUGGGACAAGGCAAAGCAGAACAGCAGAACCGGGAACAAAACCAAAGAACUGAAUUGAUCGGGGGG